GCGCGUGCAGUCUAAUUGUGGGAGUGAGAAGUGAGCAAUGUCGGUGAGGCAAGAGACACGAGAAGAGCGAGCUGAGGCCGCCGCGAGAAAGGCCGCUGACGAGCUCGCGGCCAUCCGGAGCGAACGCGGGAGACAACGGGAGGCUGAGGACGAGCGCGAGGAAAGCCUCCGCCUGCACAAGGACUACGGGCUGCAGGGCGGCGAGGAGCGGCGUGGCGGCGUCCUCGAGAGCAUCAAGGAGGGUACCAAGUCCCUCUUCGGAGUCAUAACCGGCCGGACGCAGGAGGCGGCCGAGAAGACCGCGGAGAAAGCAGGGGAGACCAAGGAUGCCACCGUGCAGAAGGCAAGGGCGGUCAAGGACUCCGCUUCGCAGAAGGCGGGGGAGACGAAGGACGAGACGGUGGAGACAGCAAGAGAGACCAAGGACUCUGCGGCGGAGAAGGCAAGGGAGAUGAAGGAUAAGACCAUGGGGAAGGCGGGGGGUUACAAAGACUACGUAGCAGACAAGGCGAAGGAGGCGAAGGACGCUACAGCGGAGAAGACGAGGAAGUACAAGGAGUCAGCGGAGGUGCGGGAGAGGGAGGCGAAAGACACUGCAGCAGAGAAGGCUAGGGAGCACAAAGGGUCGGCGGAGGAGAAGGCGAGGCAAGCUGCGGAGAAGACCAGGGAAACCAAGGACAUGGUCGCUGAGAAGACGAAGGGAACGACAGAAUCAGCCAAGCAGAAGAUGGAGGAGUACAAGGAUGCAGCAGCUGACGCGGCUCGCAAGGCCAGAGACUACUUGGCCGGGACAGGAGAAGUAACAAAGGAGAGGUUGGCGGAGGCAGAGGAGAAGGCGGAACAGAAGAUGGAAGAGGCCAAGCGAAAGGAGGAGCAAAGUCGAAGGGAGGAAGAGAGUAGGCAGUGGACUGAGGAGUAUGUCAUUGUUCUACAUGGUGAGAUUGGUCUCUUUCGAUCUCAUUUAAGAUUGACAGAUUUCUUGAAUGUGCAGGGGCAAAGAGGCGGGGGAGGGGGUUUAUUUGGUGCGAUAGGGAGCAUGGCAGAGUCGAUAAAGGAGAAGCUGAGCGUCUCCAAGGAUGAGACUGAGCCCAAGGAGGAGGAGAGACUGACGGUAGUGUGUGCAACGGUAAGGGAUGCCGAGGGCGGCGACGACGAUGUACCGCUGCGGGUAAAGGAGGCGGACCAGUCGAGCGGGCAAGGGUUCAACGACGUGGGGAAGAUGGGAGAGGAGGGAACGGGGCCGCCAUCGCUUCGCCUCAGCCGCCAUGGUGAUAAGUGAGGCCCUGUCGCUGUAUCCUUUGUAGCGACUUGGGAAACCUGCACUCUUCAGUGUGUCUGGUGUUGUUGGGCUAUGAGGUAG